AAUGCUUACAAAGGAACACCAACAGAAGUAACAUCAGGAACACCAGCAAUAACAGAAGGGGCAGCAGCACAGUCACCGUCAGUAAAAGCGUUAACGGGGACAACACCACACACAGCAGUACUACAUCCUCCUGCGUCAACCUACUGUAGAGAGAUGCUGCCAGUUGCCUCAAGCAGACACAAGCCGCCCUUCUAUUUCAACAACAACCUCACCGCCUUCCAUCAGUACGCGGAGACUCCACAGGUGAGGUGCCCUGAAAAGCAGUACUUCGGAGGGAUGAAGAGCAAGGCGGGCCCUGUGGACGGGGACAAGGCCGUGUGUCUAGCGCCCGUCUACAACAUCACACCAGGAGAUUGUAUCGUAUAUUCCUUCGGCAUCAACAACGAGUGGAGCUUCGAUGACGCCAUGGCACAGUUUGGCUGUCAGGUGUAUGCCUUCGACCCCACGAUGGGUGUGGAGGAUCACCGCAGGUCAGACAAGAUCUAUUUUUACAACCUGGGUGUUGGGCCAGCUGACCUCCACACUAAGCUGGGCGGUGUUAACGCCACGGUCAGAACGCUUGGCCACAUAAUUGACAUGCUCGGUCAUAUUAAUAAGACAAUAGACUACUUGAAGAUAGACAUUGAGGGCUACGAGUACUCAGUGUUACAGCAACUCUCUCAAGAUGUUGACAGCCUACGACAAGUGAAACAGUUGGGCAUUGAGAUUCAUCCGGGCAUGGAGUACCACACGAUGAUUUACGACCUGUUUGUAAUGCUGGAGUACCUCGGUUUCACCACCUUCGACGCCCGUAGGACCCCCCACGAUGACCUCUGGUACACCACCGAUAGACUCCCAGACCUCGUGUUCGCCUCCUGCUACGAACUGGCAUGGGCACAAGUCGACUUCCCCAACUGGUGAAUCAACACUUGUCGUUCGUCAAUAGUGAAUCAUAAUUUCCUCACACGUGAUUCCUUGCAAGUGAAUCAUGACUCCAGUCCCAACGCCGCCAUGCACACGUCCAUAUACAAGUUCAGGAAGAACCCACGCCCACCAUAGUGGAAAUAUGUAUAAUCUAGGGUAACAUUUCACUUGUCACAAUACGAAGUUAAAACUGUUUUUCUGGUGGUUUUUAAUGUGUUAUGAACGAAUUUGACCAUGUCUGGCGCAAACCAAUAUAUUUGUUAUAAAAUAAAGGUUAAAAGUUUUCGGAACACAUCGAAAUCCAUCGGAAAAACACUUUUGAAUCUAACUAACCUAACCGGGGAGCUCCACAGUCGUUCUCUUAUGUUCUGGGUGUAUACUGCCACGUACGAACAUACAUAAUAAAAUGUUAAAUAUCUUGCUUAAACGUAAUUUACACCAGGAAUGCCAUUGAAGAAAAUUGUCUUAUUAAAAUUGUCAAUAUUACUGAUUUGCAACUAUAAAAUUCCCCUGAUAAGUUUAGUAGUAACGAGUAAAUACCUCACCGAAUUGUCUAUGUUCAUGUUCACAGUUGACUACAUAGUUUAUAAACAUGCUUAUCCAA